GAUAUUUUGCUGUUGUACAUUUCUUCGAAAAAGGAAACAAUAAUAUGAAUUCAUUAGAGGAGCAGCUAAAGCAAUUAACAAUAUUGAAUAGAAGGUGUGAUGAUGAACAUAUAAAAACAGGAAAGGUCGCAGCUUUAGUUGACAAUUUACAACAGAAAGCUGGAGCUGCUCAAAAUGCUUCCGCUCUCAGCAAAUCGAGGACGGCACCAAUCAUACCACCGAAGCCAUUCAAAAGGACAGUUGAUAUACCUCAGGUGCCCCUCAGCAAGUUAGUUACGGAUGCCCGAGAACCACUUUUUUCACAGCCGCUGCUUAGUGGGUCAAACCUUCUACCAAAACAGCCCAUCUAUGCUAGUAAAAGUGUUGACAAAAUUGGCAGCAGCCGAAAGACUUUGGAUAACCCAGCUAUAUUGGAACAGCAAUUAGAAGCUUUAGCGUACCACAAGCAACAAAUGGAGAAAAAGGGACUAUUGAGCUCUCAGAGUCCACAUACCGAAAGCAUACCGAAACUAUCCUCCACAUCUCUAAGUGGCCAUAACAUUUCCAGACAGAGUGCAUCUAUUUAUAGCAAUUUAACUAACGAUUCGAAGUUUAUAUUCAUUCAACCAAAUGAUUCUUCUUCCAAUGUCCAACAUACAUUUACACAAAAUGAUAAGGAAGUGGAUGAAGACUUACCGCCGCCUCCUAGUCCAGUUAGCUCAUCUUAUAGUGAGCUGCGAAGAGCUAGUGACGUUUUUAGUAAAGAGGGCAACUCACAUGAAAAAAUUCCAAAUAAACCAAUGGCAACUUCCAUGUUGAGGGUGAACCUUGCCAAUCCAAGUGCUACUCAAAACAGCUAUCAGACGUGUGGCGACUAUUUUGGCUAUGGUGUAUUAUCCCAGAGUUCUUCAACAUAUGAUUCGAUAUAUGAACCAAUAAACCCUCGUCCACCUAUCAACAUGUCGUCGCGUACUGCGAAUUGUAAUGCAUAUGCUACAUAUGUAAAUCAGCGCAAUAUGUCAACCAGCAAGUGGAAUAAACUGGGGGUGGAACAAAGUGGAAGUGUAACAGAUACUCCCAUAUACUGCAACGGCGAAGCUAAAGUAGAGGCUAACAUUGGAUUUUCAAAAAUAAAUGAAAAUGAUGAUCACUUGAGUCAAUAUCACUUGGCAACGAUUGAUUCGACAAACGAAGUGGAGAGCUACGGUCGUUGCUUCAAAUGUAAUGAACGCGUGCUUGGCGAAAGUAGUGGAUGCACUGCCAUGGAUCAAAUAUAUCACAUUUCAUGUUUCACAUGCACAGUAUGUCAACUGAACCUACAGGGCAAACCAUUUUAUGCACUAGAAGGAGAACCAUUUUGCGAAUACGACUAUUUGCAAACACUUGAGAAGUGUUCAGUUUGCUUAAAGCCAAUUUUGGAGAGAAUUUUAAGAGCCACGGGCAAGCCCUAUCAUCCGCAAUGUUUUACUUGCGUUGUUUGUGGAAAUAGUUUAGAUGGUAAGAAUGGCGUGAAGACAAAAAUACUAAGUGAAAUACUGACAGAUAGAAAUACUAGGUGAUACUACCAGAG